AUGCAAUGGUUCUUACACUUGACAUGUCAUCCAUUUUAUCAGGGGGCUCGGAAUUUGAAAGUUCUAUCUCUAACUAGGUGUUAUGCCAUAACAACAAUCCCAAACUUCUCUAAAUGCUUGGGUUUAGAGAGGUUGACUCUUGCACACUGCUACAACCUAAAGAGAAUUAAAAGUUUCAUUGGAGAUCUACAGUCGCUACUUGAGUUAGAGAUUGAAUGGUGCACGGGUCUUGUAGAUUUGCCUAAAGAAGUGGGGGCACUAGUGAAGCUUAAGCGCUUCUCAUUGUGUGAAUGCUUGAGGUUGAGGGAACUUCCAGACUCAGUUGGUAAUUUAACCUCAUUGACAGAGUUAAACUUGACAGACACGGGGAUAAGGAAACUUCCCAACACUAUCGGAAAAUUAAAAUCAUUGUGUGUCUUGCAUUUCCCAAGAGGACCAUCUUUUCAUCGAAAGCAUCAUGUUUGGCAAUUACCUAGUGGCAUCAGCAUGUUGGUAGAUCUUAUAGAUUUGAAUCUUGGUGGGCAUUACAAACUAGAAGGUGAAAUUCCUGUUGAAAUUGGGGAAUUGUCACAUUUAAGAUCCUUAGAUUUAAGUUGUUCUCGUAUCUCCAAAAUUCCAGAGACAAUCAACAAGCUUCAUCACCUCCGCACACUAAAUUUACUUGGUUGUCAUGGUAUUGAAAUGUUGCCGGAGCUUCCCACAAGUUUGACCUGUUUAAAUCUUCUAUCUGCAUCAUUGCUCUCAGUUCCUAAUCUAUCAAAUCUUACUAACUUGAUUAUAUUGCAACUAAGUGAUUGCUCUAAAAUAACAGGCGAAUCAAAAAUAAUCACAGGAUGCAACUUAAGGUGGAUUGGGAGGUUAUCUAGAUUGAAAUUUUUAGACUUGGAUUUGCUAAACGUCCCUGCACCUCCAGAGUUGACUUCCCUUCCUCAUUUGAAAAGGCUUUGUUUGUCUCAUCUAAAUUUGCAAACCCUUCCACUCGAUGGUCUUCCGCAACUAGGGUCCUUACAUGUUCACGGUUGUAAACUGCUUCAGAGAUUAUCCAUUCCUUUGGAAUUGAAGAAGCUAGAGUCUAUGCAUGUGUCAGAUUGUCUAGACCUAGUUGAGAUAAAAUAUUUGGGUCUUUCGGAAUCAUUGAAAUCCAUCAUGGUUUUUGGUUGCAAAUCUCUGAGCAGAAUGAGUGGGUUAUCAUACUCGACGAAGCUAGAGCAUUUGAAAAUCACACGGUGCAUGUCAUUGAUAAAAUUGAUCGAUGCAUCUUGCACAAACACACUCGAUGAUUGCAUUGUCGAAAUAGAGGAGUGUGGAGAUUUAGUGCCGGGCACCCCAUAUGAAAUGUCUAUGAAGUGUUACAGAGAAGAAUUUCUCCUGGAUACAUCAGACAUUGAAUCCAAGUCAGAUAAGAUGGAACAUCCCUUCACAAUCAAAUUCCGUUAUGGAUCAAAAACAAGAGCUGAUGGAUCGCCUGGGUGGGGGUGGACGGAAAUAAAAAAUUUCACCCCUGAUUCAGUGACAUAUAAGGGAUUAAUUGCUUGCAUGAAAGAUUUCCGCUGUCGUGUGAAGAGAAUGUGGUACGAGACUUGUUGGGAAGGCCAUGAGGACAUUUUUUGUGAAGAGAGCAACAAGGGCAUAGAGAUCAAGAGUGAUGAGCAAGUGAAGGAGAUGGCGCAACUAGCAUCUAAAAGAGGCUUCAUUAUAUUGGACGUCCUGGGGGCAGUUAACAGGACGGAAUCAUACGACGACGAUACGAUAAGUACGUUAAGAGAGGCAUGGACAAUGGAGACUGAUGUGUAUUCCAAUGAAGAUGGAGCUGAGUGGGACGUUUCAGGUCCUGAGGAAGACUUAGACUCUUCAAGUGAGGGUGAAAGCCAAACGGAUAGCACCUCCUCUAUUGAUGAUUUCGAGUCCGAGAUGGGCAAUGCAGAAUAUUUCGAGGCCACGGGAAAUAGGAAGCAAAUGACGGACGGAAAGGUUGGGCACCAUGGUACUGUCGAUGAAGGGGAAACAGCGAGUAUAGAAAAUAGGAAGGAGAAGCGGGAUGAGACUGUGGAACCUGCCGUCCAAAAUGUUGUCCAGUCGACUUACCAACAGUGCGAAGGAGACGAACAUCAUGAGAUGCCCUGCAAAGCUACAACUGAAGUUGAGGAUCAGAUGGAAAUUGCUUCUGUGAAGACGGAUAGAACAGCGGAGACUGACCCAGUACCUGCAAAAAGGAGAAAGAGGGAGUGGGGCUAGAUGUGCUUUAAACCCAGGAGGGGAUCCUGGCAUAAGAGGUAGAGCAAGGGGUACAGCUUCAAGUUCAAGAAACAAACAGCAAAGCUACGAAGGCGGGUAGGGUGGCAGCUUCCAGUUCGGGAAAGAGUAAGGCAUCAGAUUCAGGAAGGGGCAGAGCUUCGAGUUCAUGAAGAAGCACAGUUUCAAGUACAGGAAGGGGAAGGGGCAGAGGUUCAACUUCCGGAGAGGGCACAACUUCGAGGUCAGGAAGGGUAAGAGGUUCAAGUUCAAGAAAGGGCACAACUGAAAUGGGGUUGAAUUUAAGAUUAGGGACGGACAACGGUUCAAGCCCGGCCGUGGCUGAGCCUAAGACAUCGAGGUCGUGAUAAGAACAAGCCCGUGCCAGGAUCUCCCAGAGGCUGUUCACCAGAAGCUUCAAAGCCUCCAAGUUAUCGUUAUCGACGGCCAUGAAACCACCGUUCAACGACCCCAUCGCACGCUGCUCUCAGCCUCUCUCGAACCAAUUCCUCAAAACGUCAGACCGACCCUUUCACGGCCACGAGAUGGAGAGGAUUUCUACUUUACUGGUGAAAACUGCAACAUACACCUACCUCAACACUCAACAGCUUCUUCGCAGUUUGGGAGUACCCUUUAACUGCUAUUUUUAGCAAGUUCAGGGUUUCGAUCAAGAACCGUGUCUGAGCAUUGCUGCUCUCUGUUGAGAGAGUCUCACCAUGAUAAGAUUAAGACUCCAACCGUGAAUCGAUCAAGAAUCAGCAGAUCAUCUCGUAGCAAGGCCAGGAAGAAAGCUUUAUCUCCUUUAACCUUUGAUUUGUAAAGUCUCCUCUCCAUUUUCGAACUCGAGACAGAGCUGAGCUUCAUUACAAGACUAAAAUCAUUGGUUACCGAGCUGCCGUUUGUUGGUCUGUAAUUCUUGGGGCUGCAUGAUUUAAGUGAUUUUCUUAUAAAUUCUGCACUAGAAUGUGAAAUAAUUCGCAUUGUACAUUCAGAAUGGAGGCAGACUUUGCUAUCUGAGGAAGUCAACCAAGACUUUGCAUCAAAACUUAUCGCCAGAAUCUAUGCACAUUCAUUGUUUAAAUGAUUCAUGAGAAAUAUAUCACUG